AUGGAAAAAGUCAAUAAAAUGAAUGGGAGGCAAAGUGUAUUGUCUUGAUUCAUCAUCUCCAGAACAUAUUCGCAGUUCCCUCCCGGUAUUUUGGGAUGACACGGGCGUUCCAGCCUUUGCAGAGAUCCAGCACGACCGAGCGACGCCACCAGCGACACGACAGGCGCAGAAAUCAUGGACGCUCCGCGCCACACCGCCCCUCUCUGAGCUCUGAGCUGUCCUCACGCCCGUGGUGCUGAAAUCAGCCUCGACCCGACAGCAAUGUAACGGCAAUGAGACAAAGACACCGGCAGCCCGACGAACAGACCGAUAAUGGACGAUGAUUUGUUUCAGUUAAGACAGCUCCCAGUGGUGAAAUUCCGGCGUACAGGUGAAAGCAUUCGCUCAGAGGAUGAAUAUGGCGGCAGGGAAGAAGCUUUGCAGGUGGAGGGAGGACGGACGGAUAUGGAGUCUGUUUCCCUGGCCGAUGGUGCUCCGGUUCCUCGGGAAUUUGCCAACCCCACUGAUGAUACCUUCAUGGUUGAGGAUGCAGUGGAAGCCAUUGGCUUUGGGACAUUCCAGUGGAAACUGUCCAUACUUACUGGACUUUCAUGGAUGGCCGACGCCAUGGAGAUGAUGAUCCUCAGUAUAUUGGCCCCUCAACUGCACUGUGAGUGGGCACUGCCCAGCUGGGAGGUGGCACUGCUAACUUCGGUAGUGUUCAUUGGAAUGAUGAUCAGUUCUUCAUUAUGGGGUAACAUAUCUGAUAAAUAUGGGAGAAAAACAGGUUUGAAGAUGAGUGUAUUAUGGACCCUGUUUUAUGGCCUCCUCAGUGCGUUUGCACCUGUAUAUGGAUGGAUCCUAUUCCUCAGAGCUCUGGUGGGCUUCGGCAUUGGAGGGGCUCCACAAUCAGUAACAUUGUAUGCUGAGUUUCUCCCCAUGCGGUCCAGAGCCACUUGCAUUCUGUUGAUAGAGAUAUUCUGGGCUUUGGGUACAGUAUUUGAAGUGCUCCUGGCUAUUUUGGUGAUGCCAACUUUGGGCUGGCGCUGGCUGCUGGCCUUCUCCACCAUUCCACUCUUCAUUUUUGCUUUUCUUUGCUUUUGGCUGCCGGAGAGCGCUCGUUACGACGUCCUGACAGGAAACCAGGAGAAGGCUUUAAACACACUCAAACGCAUUGCUACAGAGAAUAAUGUCCCCAUGCCGCUGGGAAAACUCAUAGCAGCCAGACAGGAGGACAGGGGAAAAAUUCAAGAUCUUUUCUCUCCACACUUCCGUUUGACUACUAUUCUGCUCUGGUUCAUAUGGUUCUCUAAUGCAUUCUCAUAUUAUGGUGUGGUUUUGCUGACCACUGCACUUUUCCAGGAGGGAGGCGCCUGUGGUCAGGCGAAGGGCAGUAAAAUGGAGCCAGGUUGCAGCUUGGAGUGCAAAUAUCUGAAUUCAGAUGAUUACAAAGACCUCCUAUGGACCACACUUUCUGAGUUUCCUGGCCUGCUGGUGACCCUGUGGGCGAUUGAUCGAUUAGGGAGGAGGAAGACUAUGGCACUGUGUUUCUUUGUCUUCUCUCUCUGCAUUGUACCACUCUAUGCCUGUGUGGGAAGGACUUCUUUGACAGUAUUUAUAUUCAUUGCGAGGGCUUUCAUCGCUGGAGGUUUCCAGGCUGCAUAUGUGUACACUCCUGAGGUUUAUCCCACAGCAACCAGGGCACUGGGUUUGGGCACCAGCAGUGGGAUGGCUCGGGUUGGUGCUCUCAUCACACCAUUUGUGGCACAGGUGAUGCUGGAAUCUUCUGUGUACCUGACUCUGUCGGUGUACUGUUGCUGCUGUUUGCUGGCUGCUAUUGCUUCCUGUGCCCUGCCCAUAGAGACCACAGGACGAGGCCUCCAGGAGUCCAGUCACAGAGAGUGGGGUCAGGAGAUGAUGGGACGGGCCUCAGACCACAGCCCUGGAGGGAUUCCACAUUCCAGCUCUGGUUCACAGGACUAAGGAACACCACAUAUAGGUUUGGAAAGACAUAGUAGAAUAAAUUGUUCUUAGUUUGAAGUGGGGAAUCUUUUCUGUAAAAAAGCAAUGUGUGUCCACAAAGGAAUAGCAGAUUUGUUGAUUUUAAGAACUGCUUGGUUUUGAUGUAAAUCAGUCCAUCAAUGACAUUCCUCCACCAAAGGUUGCAAGGUUUCUUUUUAUGAAACUCUGGACCAGACAAUUAGAGUGGAAUAGAUUCACAUCACAUAAUACUCCCCUUUUGCCCUAUUCCCCAAGGAAGUACAACAGGAAAUGGGUUGAAAAUGGAUCUAAAGCAUGACAAAUUGCAUUAUGCAGUUUAACACAUGAAAUCACUCUCACAUGUUCAAAAGGUCUGAGGAGCAUUUGAACAACGAAAGAUUUGAACCUGAAGUCUUGAAGUUGAAAGAUAGCACAAGAGAAUGUGUGUUUGCAACAGGUUUAGUAUGACAGCGAGUAGAAAGAUAAUUUGUUUUAUUUUUUUAUUUUUAAAGAGGGCCUUACACUUUACU